GCUGAGGGAGCGGCGGCCGCAGGGCGCUUUGAGAAUAAUCAUCAGCGUUAACAAGGAUUGAUUGUGUGCUCCUCAUCCUCCUGGUUUGGUUUUAUUUGGAAAAAGCUUUGGCUGUCGUGUCGGAGAGGCAAAGAGGUGAAUGAACGUCCCUUUCAAGGGGGCAGCACUGGAAGAACCUUUAUGGGCUCCUAAUGACGUGCAGGUGGACGAUUGACUGAUGAUAAUUAAGGUCAACAUGGAUUUGUGGUUCUUUCUCCUUUUGCUCGGAAGUGGCCUGAUAAGUGUAGGUGCUAACAACAUUACAACAGAGCCACCCACAACAGUGUCCACCUCCCCCAGGAGCCCCACCAAAGCUCCUACAGCAGGUCCUGAGGAUGGGACCACACCCAACACACACAGACUCAACAUGAGCACUCCAGGGACUGUUCCUACCACAGCACCAAAACCUCCUCCAACCACAGCCACCAGGAUCUCCCCCAAUGCCACCUCUGGCAGCCUCAACAUCUCCUCCACCCUGGGGACAACCGUGCCUGUGCCUCCAGCCCCAUCCCUGCUCCCCAGCGUGACGCCGUCGGCCCCACGCGCCACCGUCCCCAGCACGGAGGCAGAGACGACAGAGAGGAAUUUCAGCAUGGUGGUGACAACACAGGAGACCUCUUCUGCUUCCCACAACGGUAACUCUGACAGAAGAGAUGAGACUCCCAUUAUAGCUGUGAUGGUGGCCCUGUCCUCCCUCCUAGUCAUAGUAUUUAUUAUUAUUGUUCUGUACAUGUUGAGGUUCAAGAAAUACAAGCAGGCAGGGAGCCACUCCAACUCCUUCCGUCUGUCCAACGGCCGGACAGACGACACAGAGCCACAGAGCAUGCCCCUGCUGGCCCGCUCGCCCAGCACCAACCGCAAGUACCCCCCGCUGCCCGUGGACAAGCUGGAGGAGGAGAUCAACCGCCGCAUGGCUGACGACAACAAGCUCUUCAGGGAGGAGUUCAACGCUCUCCCAGCGUGUCCCAUACAGGCCACGUGUGAAGCUGCUUCCAAGGAGGAGAACAAGGAGAAGAACAGAUAUGUGAACAUUUUGCCCUAUGAUCAUUCCAGGGUUCACCUGACUCCUGUGGAAGGGGUCCCUGACUCCGACUACAUCAACGCCUCCUUCAUUAAUGGGUACCAAGAGAAAAAUAAAUUCAUUGCUGCACAAGGACCAAAGGAAGAAACAGUGAAUGAUUUUUGGAGGAUGAUUUGGGAGCAAAACACAGCGACAAUUGUCAUGGUGACCAACCUGAAGGAGAGGAAAGAGUGUAAAUGUGCUCAGUACUGGCCGGAUCAGGGCUGCUGGACCUACGGGAACAUCCGAGUGUCCGUGGAGGACGUGACCGUGCUGGUGGAUUACACCGUGCGCAAGUUCUGCAUCCAGCAGGUGCCAGGGGUCACCUCCCCAUCCCAUCCCUCCCCUCUCCACUCCGGGCAUCCCAAAGGUGUUGGCUCAACCCCUCCAAGGCUCUGUGAGAAAUUAAUUCGUCCCAAGAGCCUGGAAGAACUGCUCCCCAAUCCCCCCACCCUGUCCUGCAGUGCCGGGGUGGGCCGCACGGGCACGUUCAUCGUCAUCGACGCCAUGCUGGACAUGAUGCACACGGAGAGGAAGGUGGAUGUCUACGGCUUCGUCAGCCGCAUCCGGGCCCAGCGCUGCCAGAUGGUACAGACAGAUAUGCAGUAUGUGUUCAUAUACCAAGCACUUCUGGAGCACUACCUGUACGGUGACACGGAGCUGGAGGUGACCUCCCUAGAGAUCCACCUCCAGAAAAUCUACAACAAAGUGCCAGGGACCAGCAGCAACGGGCUGGAGGAGGAGUUCAAGAAGCUCACUUCAAUCAAAAUCCAGAAUGACAAGAUGAGGACGGGCAAUUUGCCAGCCAACAUGAAGAAGAACAGGGUGCUUCAGAUAAUUCCAUAUGAGUUCAACCGAGUAAUCAUUCCAGUGAAGAGAGGGGAGGAGAACACAGACUAUGUAAACGCUUCCUUCAUUGAUGGUUAUCGCCAGAAGGAUUCCUACAUCGCCAGCCAAGGGCCGCUGCAGCACACGAUAGAGGACUUCUGGAGGAUGAUCUGGGAGUGGAAAUCCUGCUCCAUAGUGAUGCUGACAGAGCUGGAGGAGAGAGGCCAGGAGAAGUGUGCCCAGUACUGGCCAUCCGACGGCUCCGUGUCCUACGGGGACAUCACGGUGGAGCUGAAGAAGGAGGAGGAGUGUGAGAGCUACACAGUGAGAGACCUGCUGGUGACCAACACCAGGGAGAACAAGAGCCGACAGAUCCGGCAGUUUCACUUCCAUGGCUGGCCAGAGGUUGGGAUCCCCGGGGAUGGGAAGGGCAUGAUCAACAUCAUUGCAGCGGUGCAGAAGCAGCAGCAGCAGUCUGGCAACCACCCCAUCACUGUGCACUGCAGUGCUGGAGCAGGAAGAACGGGCACCUUCUGUGCGCUGAGCACUGUCCUGGAGAGGGUGAAGGCAGAGGCCAUCCUCGAUGUCUUUCAGACAGUCAAGAGCUUGAGACUACAGAGGCCACACAUGGUGCAGACACUGGAACAGUACGAAUUCUGCUACAAGGUGGUGCAGGAAUACAUCGACGCCUUCUCAGACUACGCCAACUUCAAGUGAAGAAAAACAGGAACAAAAAUCCACAGCCACCCUCCCCGAAACAAAUGACAGAAGAGUUGCCUUCUUUAAUAUUUUGUAAUAUUCUGUUUGUUAAUAUACCCCUCCCAAACAAAACAAAAAAAAACCUAUGUGUAUAUAUCUUAACUGUUUUAGAGGUUGGUACCAUAAGCUUCAUAUUAGCUGGAGAUUUUAUAUGUAGCAAAGUGUUAGUGCAGAUACUGUUGGCUCCUUUUUUUCCAAUGUUUUAUUGGGGAAUUAAAUAGCGUGAUGUUUGGAUUAAUAUUGUCAUACCAUCUCUCUUCUGGAGAGUUGAUACAGGCUGUUAUUUUGUUUGUAAAUCUCUUUUUUUUUUUUUUUUUUCUUGAGGGAGUAAAGCCUUUUUUUAAAAAAAAAAAAAAAAGGAAAGAAAGAUAUUCUGGAUCUCAUCUGAAACAAAACCCAAACCCCCCCCACUACAACCCCACCAGCACAAGCUUUUCCAAACCUGCAGGGAAAUGGUUUCACAUUUUUCUGCUGGUCAGCUCUUAAGAAAAAUAAG